UUCGGGAUUAGGCUCGUUAUCCAAUAUCAAUUCCCAGAAAGAAAAGAAAAGAAGAAGAAAAACAAAAACAAAACUCUGUCAAUGGCUCUUCUCAACGUCUCCUUGUCCUCAAAACUCCCAACAAAUCUUCCCCUUCCUCAUCAUCCUCCUCACAACAACCACUUCUCCCUCCCCUCCUAUUCCGCACCUCAUUUAGGUACACUACGCCCUCCUCCUCCUCCUCUCUUUUCGUCUGUGGUACAAUCUGUCUCUAAGGCAAGUUUGCUUGCUCUGCUCUCUACUUCCCUCUUGGUGGUCGAUCCUGCGCUCGCCUUCAAGGGUGGAGGUCCGUACGGUUCUGAAGUGACUAGGGGCCAGGAUCUUACUGGCAAGGACUUUAGUGGCAAGACUUUGAUCAAGCAAGACUUCAAAACGUCCAUUUUGCGACAAGCCAAGUUCAAAGGUGCCAACUUACUUGGUGCCAGCUUCUUUGAUGCUGAUCUAACAGGAGCUGAUCUUUCGGAUGCUGAUCUGAGAGGGGCAGACUUUUCCUUGGCAAAUGUAGCAAAAGUAAACUUGAGCAACGCAAACUUGGAAGGUGCCCUUGCUACGGGCAAUACAUCUUUCAAAGGCUCCAACAUAACAGGCGCUGACUUCACUGAUGUGCCUUUGAGAGAUGAUCAACGAGAAUACCUUUGUAAAUUUGCCGAUGGUGUAAAUUCAAAAACAGGAAAUGCAACACGUGACACCUUGCUUUGCGAUUAGUACAUCAUUGGUCCAAGUUUGGAGCAAAAAGGAUCAGAGAGGCUGCAUCUGUAACAGCUGCUGUUUACAAGAGAUAAGCUCCGUCCUUAGAACUUGUUGAUGUCGAUACAUACUAUAUAAACAGAGGGUUCAUGUGAAUUCUUUCUUAGACUGAACACAAAUACGAUCAGAAAUUUACUUUAAGUGUUGCAUAUCAGGGACAUUAUAGGCAACGUCCUGUUUUGUUUUGGUGACAUCUAUUAAGGUUUCUCCUUUCGAAAAAGGGCUAGAGGUAGAAAAUUUCUUAUGCUGAUUCAAACUUAAGCUGUUUAAGCUUUCAGUUCUUUAUUCCAUUCA